AGAAUGGAUCGACGGCGACGAGCAUCAUUGGCCCUAACCUUGAACUUCAUUGCGCUUCUCCUUGCAGUGUCCGCGCUGACCACCAGCUACUGGUGCGAGGGCACCCGGAAAGUUGUGAAGCCUUUCUGUACUGGGCCAGUGACGUUAAGGCAGACACACUGUAUCAGAUACAACAGCACAAAUGUCAACGACAGUCGGCUGGUUCAGUAUAUCUGGGAGACCGGAGAGGAUAAGUUCGUUAUGAGGAAGUUCCAUACCGGUAUUUGGUUUUCUUGUGAGCAGAAUGUCAACUUGAUUGGUGAGAAAUGUAGAAGCUUUCUAAACAUUGCACCUUCUCAUGAAAGAGGGGUCCUUUGGCUGUGUAUUGUUGCUGAGUGUCUGUAUAUUCUUCUGCUGGCCACUGGGGGGAUCCUCAUGUCCAUCGAGGUGUGUCAUUUCGGUAACGUCAUAGACGGACUCAAGCUCAAUGCCUUUGCUGCCAUAUUCACCGUCCUGUCAGGUCUUCUCGGAAUGGUGGCACAUAUGAUGUUUACCACAGCCUUCCAACUGACCGUCAGUCUCGGGCCUGAAGACUGGAAGCCACAAACCUGGGACUAUAGCUGGUCUUACAUCCUAGCAUGGAGCUCUUUUACUGCCUGCAUGGCUUCCUCAGUGACAACUAUCAACAGAUACACAAAGACUAUCCUGGAGUUCAAACACAAGCGUCGAAAUAUUGAGAAGAACCUGAAGAUCAAGCAGAAAUUGCUUGACCUAGAGUCCACAGACCAAGUAUGGGACAUGUACAUCAGCUCAGUACCCAGCACGGCCGAGGAACUGCUUGACUUGUCAAGCACGAGCCGCAAGCUGUCCAACACCUCUGUGUUUCUCGACCUCAAUGACCUGCCUGACCCUCAGGGGGAGGAGUACUGCUGA